CAUGCCCCAUCCUCAGGAUGUAAUUAUUGAGAAGCUACAAAAGCAAUCCACCUGAACGCCAAAGAAUUUGUUAGAAGAACACCAAUAACCACCUACUGGAAGAGAUUUUUCGGGGAACUGAUGGAGAUGCUCUUAGUGCGGUGCACACGUUGGCUUCUCCUAUCUUUGACCAUCAACAAACAGUUGGCCGGUUUUUCUGCCGCGUCCAGCUGAAAUCUCCAACCAAAAGAAACAGAUCAGCAUGCAUGCAGGAACGAUAGAUGGCAAUUGGCUGGAAUAAACGAUCCCGAGACAAUACAGAUAAGCUGAUUUGUGUUCCUUUGCGCGAUCCAAUCGCCCCAGGGCAAAAUCACGCGAGGUAAUCUGUUGUUCCUUUGCGCAAUCCAAACGACCAGCCCCCUCCGGUUGUUCUCUCUGGUUCAAUCAUUCAUGGCAGCACAUGUCUGUUCCCUUUGAUAAGAAGAUCGAUUGAUUCUCUCGACCCGCGACGAGAUCGAGUCUCUGGCUGGCUCAUCUGUAUGAUGGUUCUUGAGGUUGCAGUUCGCCGGCGGCGAAUUUAACCGGAUUCUGGCGGCAAAUCUCUUCUCCGACCCUGCGUGCUGUUCCUUGGAUGGUAGUGGAGAGAAAGAUGCAGCCAUCGCCGCCGCCGGAGCACAGGAGGGUGAUCCGCUUCGUGACCUUCCUGGCCCUCUCCCUCCUGGCUUUCUCCUGCUGGGCUCUCGUCAACUCCCGGAUCAACAACGCCAUCCUGAUAGCCGAUGCCGACAAGACGCCAUUGCUCGCCGGCGGUGAUGAUGACAGAGACAGACACAGUACUGGCGGCGACCAUCCUGCGUCGAUCCCGGUGGCUGUGCCAUCCAGUAGUGACUUGAUGGCGGGCGCCGUCAGGAUGGGCGGUCCGGUUGUUCGAGAGACGCCGUUGGCAGAAGGAGGAGGCGAAGAAGAAGGGAGCGAGGGAUCAUGCGACGCGGAGAGCGCGCAGCUCAGGGUGUACUUGUACGACCUGCCGCCGGAGUUCCACUUCGGCAUGCUGGGGUGGGACGGGAAGGAGGGGGAGGCGGCGUGGCCAGACGUCCGUGACCCGGGCGCCGUGCCACACUACCCCGGCGGGCUGAACCUACAGCACAGCGUCGCGUACUGGCUCACGCUUGACAUACUGUCCUCCACCCUGCCCCACAGUCCGGACGGCGGCGGCGGCGGCACGAGCAGGCCUUGCGUCGCCGUCAGGGUGACAAACGCCAGCCUCGCGGACGUCUUCUUCGUGCCCUUCUUCGCGUCGUUGAGCUACAACCGGCACUCGAAGCUCCGGGGGAGGGAUAUGGUGAGCAGGAACAGGAUCCUGCAGGCCGAGCUGGUGAGGUACCUGAUGAGGCAGGAGGAGUGGAGGAGGUGGGGCGGCAAGGACCACCUCGUCGUCCCUCACCAUCCCAACAGCAUGAUGCAGGCCAGGAGGAAGCUCAGCGCCGCCAUGUACGUGCUCUCCGACUUCGGGAGGUACCCGCCGGACGUCGCAAACCUGAAGAAGGACGUCAUUGCUCCUUACAUGCACGUGGUCCGGUCUCUCGGGGACGACGAAUCGCCGGCGUUCGAACAGCGGCCAGUCCUGGCUUACUUCCAAGGAGCCAUUCACAGGAAAGAUGGUGGAAAGGUUCGUCAGAAGCUGUACCAGCUUCUCAAGGACGAGAAAGACGUGCACUUCACCUACGGGAGCGUCCGGCAGAACGGGAUCAGGCGCGCCACCAAAGGCAUGGCAUCGUCCAAGUUCUGCCUGAACAUCGCCGGCGACACGCCCUCCUCGAACCGCCUCUUCGACGCCAUCGUCAGCCACUGCGUCCCCGUCAUAAUCAGCGACGAGAUCGAGCUCCCUUUCGAGGACGUCCUCGACUACUCGGAGUUCUGCGUGUUCGUCCGUGCGUCGGAUGCUGUGAGGCAGGGCUCCCUGCUGCGCAUUCUCCGAGGCGUGACCAGGGACCAGUGGACUACCAUGUGGAGAAGGCUGAAGGAGGUGGCUCAUCACUUUGAGUACCAGUACCCUUCGAAGCCCGAUGAUGCUGUUCAGAUGAUAUGGGGAGCCGUGGCUCGCAAGAUGCAUUCUCUGAAGCUGCAGCUCCACAAGACUGGCAGGUAUCAGAGAACACAUUCAGAUUCAUGAAAUGUCUAGCUAUUUGGAGCUAGCUUGCAGUUUUGAUCCCAAGUGAGAG